AUGUCAAGAAGGACUCUUGGAGGCGGUAGAGUACUUGGUAGUGGUAGUUCGUUGUCUCCAGCCACUCAGUCGCCUCAAAAUCGUAAAUCUAAUUCCCAUCUGCUAUCACCCUCACCUAGCAACCUCUCUCUUAAUUCAGGCCUCUCAACACCUCCCUCAUCUGACGGUCUAGACCUAGCCUCGAGGAUAUCCAUCGAUAAUGGGGAUACAUCAGCGGCCAGUGUCGCUACCUCGGCGAGUUCCAGGCUCGCCUGCCCGAUCUGCAAUGAAGAGAUGGUUACAUUGCUUCAACUGAACCGACACCUUGAUGAUGCACAUAGGAACCUCGAAGAUCAGCGCCAGGAUGAGGUCAAAGACUGGUUCAAGACGCAGAUGAUCAAAGCCAAGCGUUUUCAACCACUUGCUGUUCUCAAUCAGAAGUUGAAAGGUCUUGAUGUCUUUGAAGCGAACGAUGAACACCAGCCUCAGUCAAGCGCUCGCCGCGGAAGCGACCCAAACAUUACACCUACGCCUUCACCUCGACCACCACCACCGCCAGAUCCCGAUGAAGUUGUAUCAAAGGAACAUUGGCAAAAGCGUGGGCCCUUCGACUCAUGUUCGGAGCCAAUGUGCGGGAAGAGACUUACAACUCCCAAUGGAAGCGUCAAUUGCCGGCAUUGUGGGAAGCUCUUCUGCGAUGAGCACACCAUGUACCAGAUGAAGCUUUCGAGAUCAGCGCAGCAUGAGCCGGUCAGAGGUAUCUGGUGUCGGGUAUGCGAGACAUGCUACAAGUCUAGGAACGGCUACAACGAUAAGACUGGGUUCGAAAGGGAUCACAUGUCGGAAUUUAGAAGAUUGCGGCAGCAGACUGUUGACAGGAAUUAUCUCGAAGUCUCACGUCUUGAAAAGCGGCUGACUCGGCUGACCCAAUUGCUUGCCAAUCCGCCAACAGAGAUACCUCAACAGAUACCCAACAAACGCUGGUCUUUAUCUUGGAGCCAGAUCGACCCUGUGAAAGCGCUCGAGCAAUCUGUUGUAACCUGGCAAGAAGAUGGUAGCGUCCCUCGUUGUCCUUACUGCCAACAAGACUUCACGACCUACACAUUCCGACGACACCACUGCCGAACUUGCGGCAAAGUCGUCUGUGGUGACCCAACGACAGGAUGCUCGUUGACGAUUGGCUUGAAUGUGGAGACCACUAAUCCCGCAACAGAGAAACCGGAAGGGCAGGUGCCGAUCGACGUCCGACUUUGCAAAGAUUGCAACACCUCACUCUUCUUCAAGCAAGACUUUGCGGCUGAGGUAACGCAAAAGCCACCUUCUGUACGGGCCUACGACAACCUCGUGCAGUUCGAAAGAGGCAUACGUAUGCUCCUACCUAGGUUCCAGAAGCUUCUCGCGACCCUACAAGAUCCUGACACGCCACCAACGUCCGCUCAAGUCACCGAAGCUGCCAAAGUACGUAAGCGACUCAUGGAUUCAUUUACCCAAUACGACAUAGCAGCCCGACGCAUUCGAGAUCUUCCCACGGACAAUCCUACUCAACAGAAACUGCAGAAGGCUAUCUAUCAACAAGCAAGCAAUUUUCUCCACCUACACAUGCUACCGCUCAAAACGCUCCCAAAGAUUCUGAAACAUGCCACCCCUCAUGGAAGCAAGUCCAGCCUGCAAUUGUCGAAUGGCCGACCUCCCUCUGCACUCGCAUCCAUUAAACACAAUGAUCUCGAUCAUUUCAGCCAGAUCUCCUCAGAACAAUCAUCACAGAUUUCCGCAUUAGAAGCAGAGGAGAAGCAGCUGAGGGAACGCCUAAUAGUGCUGGAGGAGCAAAAGUUCUUCGUGCAAGAGAUGGUGGCGGAUGCGAACAAGAGGAGAAAAUUUGAUGAGGUUGCGGCGCUGGCCGGCAAUGUGGAGGAGAUCAGCAAGGAGAUAGAUGGGGUGCAGAAUAUGCUUGCUGGAUUGGACUUCGAGGGCGCGUACACCGGGCUGGCAAGCCCAAGACCGAAGCCCCUUUCGUGA